AUGAAAUUCCGAGUGUCCCACAAAAUGCGCCUAAAAGAAUUCCCUACUUGCAAAGAUCUCACAACUGCUCUGAAGAACCGCAUUAGAGAUGGCAAGGACCUCUGCAAGAACUGCCAAGAAAAAGCAGGAAAUCAAACUGUUGGCCCUAUUGAAAUAUUCCACUUUGCUGAUAAUCUGGACAUUGUGCUCAUGACACUGGGAAUAUUAGCAUCCAAGGUAAAUGGAGCCACUAUACCUUUAACGUCUCUGGUUUGAGGAGAAAUAAGUGAUCAUUUUAUUAAGGGAGGCCUACUCCAAACUAACAGAACGAACUAUCAGAACUGCUCUCAGUCUCAAGAGAAGUUGAAUGAAGAUAUCAUUACGUUGACUCUGUACUGUGUUGGGAUAAGAGCAACUGCCCUCAUUUUUGGCUACAUACAUGUAAUUUCCUUCUGGGUCAUAACCGCCCAGCAAACCAGAAGAAUUCGAAAACAGUUCUUUCAUUCAAUUUUGGUACAAGACAUCAGCUGGUUUGAUGGCAGUGUCAUCUGUGAACUUAACACUCGCAUAGUUGGUGACAUCAACAAAAUCUGUGAUGGCGUUAGAUAUAAGAUGGCACUGCUGUUUCAGAACAUGUCUGGGUUUUCUGUUGGCCUGGUGAUGAGCUUAAUAAAGAGCUGGAAGCUCUCCCUGGUGCUUCUGUCCACAUCUCCUGUCAUAAUGGCUUCGUCAGCAAUGUGCUCUCCAAUAGUCAUCUCACUGAUCAGUAAGGAACUUGAUGCCUAUUCCAAAGCCGGGGCUGUAGCUGAAGAAGCCUUGUCAUCAGCCCAGGAGAAAGAAAUUCAAAGGUAUACACAGAAUCUAUAAGAUGCAAAUCUUGCUGGUAUAAAGAAGGCUGUAGUUAACUCUCUUGUCGCCAUCUACUUCUUCGUGAAUGGAGCCUAUGGACCGGCUUUUUGGUAUGGAAUCUCCUCAGUUUUCAGUGGAGAGCCUGGCUACACCAUUGCUCUGUUUCUGUAGGUUUUCUUCACUGUGGUCCAUAGUAGUUAUUGCAUUGGAUCUGCAGCCCCUCACUUGGAAACCUUCACCAUAGUCCGUGGAGCUGUCUUAAAUAUUUUUCAGGUUAUCGAUAAAAAACCCAAUAUAGAUAACUUCUCAACAACUGGAUAUAAGCCUGAAUAUGUAGAAGGAAGCAAAAAAUUUAAAAAUGUUUCUUUCAGCUAUCCAUCAAGACCGUCUGUCCAGAUUCUCAAAGGUCUCAAUCUCAAGAAUUCUGGAGAGACAGUAGCUUUGGUUGGUCCCAGAGACAGUGGCAAGAGCACAACAGUCCAGCUUCUGCAGAGGCUAUAUGAACCCGAAGAAGGCUGUGUAACGGUGAAUGAGAACGACAUCCAAGAUCAAAACGUGAGGCAUUACUGAGAGCACAUUGGAGUGGUCAGCCAAGAGCCUGUUUUGUUUGGGACCACCAUUGGUAACAAUAUUAAGUUUGGGCGUAAAAGCGCUAGUGAAGAGAUGGAGCAGGCAGCGAAGGAGGCGAAUGCCUACGACUUCAUAAUGGCCUUCCCUAAGGUUGGGGACAGAUUCUCUCAAAUGAGCGGAGGCCAGAAACAGAGAAUCAUCAUUGCUCGAGUGCUAGUUCGAAACCCCAAAAUUCUGAUCUUAGAUGAGGCUACAUCUGCCCUUGACACAGAAAGUGCACUGGAGAAGGCAAGCAAAGGUCAGACUACAAUUUUGGUAGCAUGCCCGCUUUCCAGUACUCGUGGGGCAGACCUGAUUGUUACUAUGAGGAACGGUGUGGUAGCAGAGAAAGGGACCCGUGCUGGACUAAUUGCAAAGCAGAGGCUGUAUUACCCUCUCGCCAUGACCCAGGAUAUUAAAAAAGCUGAUGAACAAAUGGAGGCAAAGACGUGUUCCACUGAGGAAAAAAGCAGCUCUAUUUCUCUGUGUGAUGUGAGCAGCUCCAAGUCCUUCUGUGUUGAGGAAGUCAUCUACCAUCAAAAGGAAACAAUUCUUCCUGAAGUUUCACUAUUAAAAAUACCUAAAUUAAACAAGUCUGAAUGGCCUCUUGUUCUGGGCACACUGGCUUCUGUCCUAAUUGGAUCUGUUUACCCAGUGUUUUCUAUCAUCUUUGCAAAAUUAGUCGUGAUGUUUGAAAACUACAACAAAACCACAUUAAAACAUGAUGCGGAACUUACUCCAUGCUCCUGAUCAUCCUGGGCUCUGCUGCUCUUGGUGAACCUGAUGCAGGGGUUGUUUUAUGGCCAAGAAGAGGGAAAUUUAGCCGUGAGAUUAAGACAUUUGGCAUUCCAAGCCAUGUUGUAUCAGGAUAAGACCUGAUAUGAUGAUAGCGAAAACAGCAUGGGAGCCUUGACCACAACCUUAGCCGUGGAUGUAGCACAGAUUCAGGGGGCAGCAACUUCAAAACUUGGUAUCAUAACCCAAGAUGCGCCCAGCAUGGUGCUGUCUGUUCUUAUCUCCUCCAUACACGGGUGGGAGAUGACUCUCCUGAUGCUCAGCUUCGCACCUGUACUCACAUCCCUGACAGGGACGACUGAGACUGCGGCGGUGGCUGGAAAGGUCUCAAGACAACGGCAGGCCACGAAGGCAGCCAGCCGGAUUGCAACCGAAGCUGUGGAGAACAUACGUACUGUACUAUCAUUAACACGAGAAAAUGCCUUUGAGCAAAUGUACGAGGAGAUGCUUCAGACCCGACACAGAAAUGUCUUGAAGAGAGCACACAUCACUGGAAGCUGUUAUGCGGUCGGCCAUGCUUUUGUGUAUUUCGCCCAUUCAGCAGGAUUUCCCUUUGGAGCCUAUUUGAUUUGAGCUGGACGGAUGACACCAGAAGGCAUGUUCACAGUUUUUACUGCCAUUGCAUAUGGUGCUAUAGCCAUUGGAGAAACACUUGUUUGGACUCCAGAAUAUUCCAAAGCCAAAGUUGGAGCUGCACAUCUGUUUGCUUUGCUGAAAAAGAAACCAACUAUGGACAGCUGUAGUCAAGUGGGGAAAAAAUAGGACACCUGCAAAGAGAAUUUAGAAUUUCGAGAAGUCUCUUUCUUCUAUCCAUGUCGCCCCAAAGUUCCCAUCCUCCAUUACCUGUCCCUCAUCAGCAUUAAGAAAGGGAAGACUGUGGCAUUUGAUGGGAGCAGUGGCUGUGGAAAAAGCACUUGUGUUCAACUGCUGCAAAGAUUUUAUGACCCCAUGAAAGGACAAGUGCUGCUUGAUGGUGUUGAUGUAAGGGAACUGAACGUGCAGUGGCUGCGUUCACAGACAGCCGUCGUCUCCCAGGAGCCUAUGCUCUUCAACUGCAGCAUCGCUGAGAACAUUGCCUAUGGUGCUAGUAGCCGCAUGGUGCUCUCAGAGGAGAUCAAAGAAGUUGCCGAUGCAGCCCGCAUCCAUUCCUCCAUAGAAGGCCUCCCAGAGAAAUACAACACUCAAGUUGGACUGAGAGGAGUGCAGCUCUCUGGUGGCCAGAAACAAAGACUGGCUAUUGCAAGGGCUCUUCUCCGAAAGCCAAAAAUUUUACUGCUGGAUGGAGCCACUUCAGCCCGAGAAGGUACCACCUUCUUGUGUCUUUUCAUGUCAAAUGGGAGUGGGCAGUAUCAUGAAGACCAAGGGAAAGGUGAGUGUGCUAUCUGCCCAUGCCUGCAGCCCCACAAUGCAGGACAAUCAGAUGCAAUAGGGAGUGGAGUCAAAGCAGGAACUCAGUCUAUUACUGUGGUUCAGCAUGCCCUUGAAAAAGCCUGGAGAGGGAGGACCUGCCUAGUGGUGGCUCACAGACUCUACACAGUACAGAAUGUAGAUCUUAUCGUAGUUCUACAAAAUGGAAAAAUCAAAGAGCAGGGAACACAUGAGGAGCUCCUGAGAGACAGAGACACAUACUUAGGAUUAGUAGCUGCACAGUGUAUGCACAGAAAUUACCAGCCUUGCAUGCAUUUUGAUCUUUAUGUAAUCUAA